CCAAGAAUCCCGCCCCCCAAACACCCCACGCACACAAAGCUAGCUAGCUAAGCUAGGAUCAACAAUGGCGUCAGCCAAAGCAACCCCCUUCGUGCUCCUGGCCAUGUUCUUCCUCCUCGCCUCCUCCGCUGCUGCUGGAGGAUCCUUUGGCUGGAUACCGUGGUUCGGUGGUCGCCAGCCGAGCAGCGGCGGUGGCGCCGGGUUUAGUGGAGGAUGGGGAGCCGGUGGAGUUGGGCCGGGUGGCAACGGCGGCGUCGGUGGCCCCGGGUUUAGUGGCGGAUGGGGAGCCGGCGGAGUUGGGCCGGGCGGCGGGUUCGCUAGGCGCGGUGUGGUGCAGCCGUCGAUGGUGUGCGGGGAGGGGCGCUGCAACAACAUGCGUCUCACCUGCCCGUCCUGGUGCUUCAACUCCUACAGCUACAGCGGGAAGAACGGCGCCGGAGGUGGUGGCGGCGGCGGGUGCACCUUCGACUGCACCAACAGCUGCCAGGCGCACUGCUGAAGUGCUGAGUGCUGAACAAAACCGAGUCGAGCGGCUAGAAAAUGGAGAACUAAACAUCCACGACGACACGACCAUGUAGUAGAAGCAGCAGUAGUAGCCAGUAGUAACCUAUGCAGUGUGUGUGCGUGCGUGCAUGUAAAUUAAGUACUACUAUUCGACUAGGUAUGCAGAUGGAUGGAAUAAAUCGACAUGGUUUUGACCC